CUGGAUGAUGGAUGGAUGAUGGAUGGAUGCUGGCUAUGGAUGCUGGAUGCCGGCGGUUGGGUGCAGGGCGGUGGGUUGGGUGCCGGCUGUGGGUGUCCCUGAUGCUGGUGGGCAGGACUUUCUGUCGGACAUGGCCAUGACGGAGGUGGAUCGAUUCAUGGACCGCGAGCAUCUCAUCUUCAGGGAGAACACACUGGCCACCAAAGCAAUCGAGGAAUACCUGAAGCUGGUGGGACAGAAAUACCUCAAGGACGCCAUCGGUGAGUUCAUCCGCGCGCUGUACGAGUCGGAGGAGAACUGCGAGGUGGAUCCCAUGAAGUGCUCGGCCUCCACCCUGGCCGACCACCAGGCCAACCUGCGCAUGUGCUGCGAGCUGGCGCUCUGCAAGGUGGUCAACUCCCACUGCGUGUUCCCCCGUGAGCUCAAGGAGGUUUUCACCCC